GACUAUAACAACAGAUAAAGGGACGGACCUGUGGCCAUUGCUGUAGGAUCCUAAGUCCAGGUGAUCAUUUUGAACGAAACAUCGACAAAAAUUGAAAACAUUCACAUGAUAUCUGCAUUUCAAUGAUGGACCAGAAUCAACAUUUGAGUAAGACAGCAGAGGCACAACAUUCUGAGAAAAGGAAAACUAGAAACUACUGCAAUGGAUUCAAGAUGUUCUUGGCAGCCCUGUCACUCAGCUUUAUUUCUAAGACACUAAGUGCAAUCAUUAUGAAAGGUUCCAUCACUCAAAUAGAAAGGAGAUUUGACAUAUCAUCUUCUACUGUUGGCUUAAUUGAUGGAAGCUUUGAAAUGGGAAAUUUGCUUGUGAUUUUAUUUGUGAGUUACUUUGGAGCCAAAUUACACAGACCAAAACUAAUCGGAAUUGGUUGCUUCGUUAUGGGAAUUGGAAGUAUUUUGACUGCUUUACCUCAUUUCUUCAUGGGAUAUUACAGGUAUUCUAAAGACACCCCUAUUAAUCCAUCAGAGAAUUCAACAUCAAGCUUAUCAACUUGUUUGAUUAAUCAAAAUUUGUUACUCAAUAGAACAUCACUGGAGAUAGUGGGAAAAGGUUGGGAAAAGGAAUCUGGGUCACAUAUGUGGAUAUAUAUUCUAUUGGGUAAUAUGCUUCGUGGAAUUGGGGAAACGCCCAUAACACCCUUGGGGAUUUCUUACAUCGAUGAUUUUGCUAAAGAAGGACAUUCUUCUUUUUAUUUAGGUAAUUUGUUUGCAGUAACAAUGAUUGGUCCAAUCAUUGGCUUUUUACUCGUAUCCCUGUUUUCUAAAAUGUAUGUGGAUGUUGGAUAUGUAGAUCUGAGCACUAUCAGAAUAACUCCUAAGGACUCUCGUUGGGUUGGUGCGUGGUGGCUUGGUUUCCUUGUGGCUGGACUAAUAUCCAUUAUUUCUUCUAUACCAUUCUUUUUCUUGCCCCCAAAUUUGGAUAAACCAAGGAAAGAAAAAAAAGCUUCAGUAUCUUUGCCUGUGCAAAAUGAGGAAAAGAGUCAAAUGGCUCAUUUGACCAAGCAGGGGCAAAAUGUUAGUGAAACUGUAGCUGGUUUUUUCCAGUCCUUGAAAAACAUCCUUACCAAUCCCCUGUAUGUUAUAACAUUAGUUUUGACACUGCUACAAGCCAGCAGCCAUAUUGGAAUUAUUACUUAUGUCUUCAAAUAUGUAGAACAGCAGUAUGGCCAGUCAGCAUCUGAGACUAGCAUUUUGUUUGGAUUCAUAACCAUACCAACUUUUGCAUCUGGAGUGUUUACAGGAGGAUAUAUCAUUAAAAAAUUCAAAUUUACCUUGGUUGGAAUUGCGAAAUUUUCAUUUUGUAGCCAUAUGUUGUCCUUCCUAUUUCACCUAUUAAAUUUUGCGCUAAUCUGUGAAAACAAAUCAGUUGCUGGACUAACCUUGACUUAUGAUGGAAAUAAUCCAGUGGCAUCUCAUAUAAAUGUACCACUUUCUUAUUGCAACUCUGACUGCAAUUGUGAUCAAAGUCAAUGGGAACCACUCUGUGGAGACAAUGGAAUAACUUACAUAUCACCUUGUUUAGCAGGAUGCAAAUCUUCAAGUGGCAGUAAAAAGUCUGUUAUGUUUCAUAACUGUAGUUGUGUGGAAGUAAAUGGUUUCCAGAGCAGAAAUAACUCAAUGAAGUUGGGUGAAUGCCCCAAAAAUGAUCAAUGUACAAGAAAAUUUUAUGUUUAUAUAGUAGCGCAAAUAUUUAUCUUUUUUUCUUCUGCAUUGGGAAGCACCUCAAAUAUCAUGCUGGUUUUUAAAAAUGUUGAACCUGAACUGAAAUCACUUGCCAUGGGUUUCCAUUCACUAACUAUUCGAACACUAGGAGGAAUUCCAGCUCCUAUAUAUUUUGGGGCUCUGAUUGAUAGAGCUUGUAUGAAGUGGUCUGUCAACAACUAUGGGAAGCAAGGGUCUUGUCGGAUAUACAAUUCCACAUUAUAUGGAAAUACUUUCUUUGGCUUGACUACAGGCUUAAAACUCCCAGCUCUUGUUUUAUAUGUUGUAUUAAUUUCUGUUAUGAAGAAAAAAUAUCAAGGAAAAGAUAUCAAGACAUCAGAAAAUGAAAGAAAAUCCGUGAACGAAGCGAACUUAGAACCGUUAAGUAGUGAUACUGCAGUGGACCGUGAAACACAUAUUUAA